GUGGGCGCUCCCAGGGCGGGGCUUAAAGAGCUGCUGCGGGAGUCCGCGCGCCAGACGCCGCCAUGAUCAUCCCGGUCCGCUGCUUCACGUGCGGCAAGAUCGUCGGCAACAAGUGGGAAGCCUACCUGGGGCUGCUGCAGGCCGAGUACACCGAGGGGGAUGCCCUGGAUGCUCUGGGACUGAAGCGCUAUUGCUGUCGCCGCAUGCUGCUAGCACAUGUGGACCUGAUUGAAAAGCUGCUCAACUAUGCGCCCCUGGAGAAGUGACUCCUGGAGCCCACCCUCCUGUUCUGCUGGCCAUGGGCAGUCUUGUGGCAUGCUGAGUUCAAGCUGAGGUAUCCAGGAGGCCAGUGCAGUGCCUGGCUGCAGACCUGUGGCUGAGUUGUCCCACCCUGGAAGGAACUGUCUAGUAAAGAUCUUUGCAGAACCAAGA